UUCAGCGUUUCAGUUUGUGAUGAUGGUGAACACAAAGAAGGUUGAGUGUGAAUGAUAGUGUAUAUUUGUACAAAAAAAUUAGGAUGUAUGUUAUUUUUUAAGAAUUUUAUCAGUGCCUGUAGCCAUGGGAUUAUGGAUUUAUGUCGUAGUGAACCUACUAGUCAUCAUUUGUCCCCAAAUAGAAGUUGGGGGCGCAGGCGUGCCGCUGAGCGAGUACGUGAGCCACUAUAACGCUCUCUCCUACGACCCUGAGAGCGUACACACACAACACACCAGACAUGUCAGAGACACGUCCACGCCCCACAAACACGCCCAGCCCGUGGAGAUCGCGUUCCACUCGCACGGUCGGCGCUUCCAUCUUCGGCUGCGGCGCGACGAUGAGACGUUCAGCCCCCACGUGGACGUGGAGCAGCCCAACCACGUCCCCGAGCCUCUGCACACCAACCACCUCUACCAUGGCACGCUGGCAGAUGAAGCGAGCGCACGCGUGUGGGGGAGCGUAAUAGAUGGCGUGUUCGAGGGCGUGAUAGACUCGCCAUCACAAGGGAAAUAUUACGUCGAGCGCGCGCACAAGUAUUUCCAAACACCACCUCGGGACGCGGGUGGUUCCUUCCACUCGGUGAUAUACCACGACGACGCCGUGAGCGAUCCAUACGCUCAGCGACGCACGGGACACAAGUCAGGUUGCGGUGUCACCGACGACGUCGCUGAGUGGAUGAGGAAUGUGCAGGAAAGUGCUGUUGAGAACGAGGACUCUUCUUCGUCGUCGAGUUCGCCAGGUCCUCAGAGGUCGGAUUCUUCAGGCAAGGCGCUCGAGUUCGAGGAGUUUGUAAGUCCUGCUGGUGACCCAUCACUGUACCGCAAGCGCCGCCACCUCUACGAUGAGCUGCAUAAAGAAUAUCACAAUAAAUACAGUGAAGCUGCCAACGCCAGAAGCAAACGGUCCCUCAACUCGGGUGGAGUGGGUGAAGAUAAUCAAGGCACAUGUACGCUCUCCAUACAGACAGACCCGCUGCUCUGGCGGUACAUAUAUCAACAGGAGAAGAACGACUCGAUCAAGACGCGAGACGAGAUCACAGCGAUGGUGUCGCAGCACAUCAAGGCCGUGAACCACAUCUAUGGUGACGUUGUAUUUCAUGGCAAGUACAAGCACAAGGGCAUACGCUUCGAGGUCCAGAGAAUAAAGAUCGACGAUGACUCGACAUGUCGUAGGUACGGCAGCAACUCAGGCUCAGACGUGAACAAGUUCUGCAAGGUGAACGUAGACGUGAGUAACUUCCUGAACCUUCACUCGCAGAUGAAUCAUGACGACUUCUGCCUCUCCUACGUGUUCACCUUCAGGGACUUUACUGGAGGCACCUUGGGGCUGGCAUGGGUCGCGUCGCCCUCAGGGGCAAGUGGUGGCAUCUGUGAGAAGUACAAGACGUACACGGAGAACUUAGCAGGUCGUCGCAACACAGAGCAGCGGUCCCUCAACACCGGUAUCAUCACAUUCCUUAACUACAACUCUAGAGUGCCACCCAAGGUCUCGCAGCUCACGCUCGCCCAUGAGAUCGGCCACAAUUUCGGUUCUCCGCACGACUUCCCAAGCAGCUGCAAGCCAGGAGGCCACCAGGGCAACUUUAUUAUGUUCUCGUCAGCCACGAGCGGCGACCGCCCCAACAACGACAAGUUCUCCAGCUGCUCUGUCAGGAACAUCUCACAAGUGCUUGAUGCCAUCGCUGAAAAUAGACGCAAGAACUGCUUCAAAGCAACGAACGGGACAUUUUGCGGCAAUAAGAUCGUGGAGGAGGGCGAAGAGUGCGACUGCGGCUACGACAAGGAAGAUUGCAACGAGAGCUGCUGCUACCCGCGCCUCGUCACCGAGUACGACAGGAACAACAACGCUUCUGCCAGGAUGUGCAGCCGACGUGCCAACACCCAGUGCAGCCCUAGCCAAGGACCGUGUUGCGACAUGGAGACGUGUACGUUCGAGAGCAACAUAGAGUGCCACUCUGAGACGGACUGCACCAUGAGCGCCUACUGCAACGGCCGCAUGGCGUCAUGUCCCGUGGCCAGGUGGCAGCGCAACAACAAGCCCUGCAAUGAAGACACCAAGGUGUGUAAAGACGGAGAGUGCAGUGGCAGCAUAUGCUUGGCGUACAACAUGAGUGAGUGCUUCCUGACGUCAGACGUGGUGCAAGACAAGAAAAAGCUCUGCGAGAUCGCCUGUCAAGUGGGCAACUCACCAGGCUCGUGCAAGUCCACCUCGGAGCUCAACAGGAUAUUCCCCAACCCGGUCUUCAUGCGGCCUGGUGCCCCUUGCAACAACUUCCAGGGUUACUGCGAUGUCUUCCAGAAGUGCCGCGCUGUGGACGCCGAAGGACCGCUCGCCAGGCUGAAGAACCUUCUCUUCAACGAGGCCACGCUCAACACUGUCGCCGAAUGGAUCACGGUGAGCCCCAUGCCAGACGGCAGCGAGGCCGGGCUGAGACGGCAGCGAGGCCGGCAGUGA